UAAUUAAUAACGCUAAGAGAUUUGCUUCGACAUUUUCUCUCUCUACUGUGCUGAAAGUGAAGCUCGAGAGAGAGAGAGAGAGAGAGAGAGAGUGCCGUUGACUGAGGAGGAUGAAGGAAGAGGGUGAUAGUGAGAGUUCGCAGAACGUAAAGCCUAGGAGUAAACGGAACAGUGUAGCCUCGGCUUCUGCUUCCGCCUCCGCCACUCCCAUUAACCGAUUCCGACGCCGCUCUGCUAGAUCGCCUUCUCCACCUCUAACUGCUGCAGCCAGCUUUUGUAGGAUCAUCAGGGCGUUCUUGUAGACCUUGGGAUAGAGGAGAUUUACUUAGACGCCUUGCAACUUUCAAGCCUUCUAAUUGGCUUGCCAAACCCAAAACAGCUAGUUCAUUGACUUGUGCUCAGAAAGGAUGGGUUAGUGUUGACUUAGACAAAAUUGAGUGCGAGUACUGUGGAUCCAGUUUACAUUACUCUCCUACACAAAAUUCGUUGAAUCAUCCCGAAGCUGAUAGUAUCAGAGAAGAAUUCUCGAAGCAGCUUGAUGUCGCACAUGAGAGCUCUUGUCCUUGGGUAUGAAAUUGUUGUCCAGAAAGCUUAGUUCAGUUUCCUCCAUCAGCCUUGAUUGGAGGUUACAAGGAUCGCUGUGAUGGGCUCCUACAAUUAUAUUCCCUACCUAUUGUUUCGGUGUCUGCAAUUAACCAGAUGCGUGCUUCAAGAGGGCCGCAAAUUGACCGUCUUUUGGCACUGCCUCAAGUCUAUGCCAAUGAUGAUCCCAGUUUUAGAAUGGGUAAUAUCUCAGCUACAGAAACGUCUAAAGAAGAGGCUCUCAGUAACUACGCUCGCGCUCAAAAGCUGAUAAGCCUAUGUGGAUGGGAGCCUAGAUGGCUUCCAAAUAUCCAAGACUGUGAAGAACAUUCUGCCCAGUCAACUAGAAAUGGGUGCCCUUCAGGCCCAGCUAGAAAUCAAAGUCGUCUACAAGAUCCUGGUCCAAGUAUGAAACAGUUCUCGGCUUCAUCUCGAAAAGCCUCUGGAAAUUAUGAAGUUUUGGGUCCAGAAUAUAAAUCAGAAUCCAGAUCACCUUUGUUGGAUUGUAGUUUAUGCGGUGUAACCAUCAGAAUUUGGGACUUCUUGACCACUUCUAGACCGGUUCCACUUGCGCCUAUCAAUGCCAAUCUUCCUGAAACAAGCAAGAAAAUGGGAGUGACACGUGGAACUAGUGAAACAAGUGGAAUCAAUGGAUGGUUUGCUAAUGGAGGCAUGGAACAGCAGCAAAAUGAAGAUGUUGACGAGGCUGAAACAUCGGUUAAAAGAAGAUUAGUAUCAAAUACAGGUACAAGCUUCUAUCAAACUGCAGCUGGUACAUCAUCCUCUGCGCAGCUGAACAUGUCUGUGACGCGUGAUAAUUACCAAUUUAGUGAUAGAGGAAAGGAAGUUAUGCGAAGGCAACCUUCAGGAAGUGAGACUGGUGAUCGUGCUGCUUCAUAUGAAUCACGAGGGGCAAGUACUCGUAAACGGAACCUGGAAGAUGGUGGAAGCACGGCUGAUAGGCCACCUUAUCUACGGAUACAACAUGCAGACAGUGUUGAAGGGUCUGUUGUUGACCGUGAUGGUGAUGAGGUUAACGACGACUCAGCAGGGCCUUCAAAGCGUACCCGAGGCUCUGAAGUGCAAGAAACUUGUCUUCCCUUUUAUGGGAGAGAUUUAUCAGUGGGUGGGCCAAGUCACUCAGUGGAUGCUGAAAACGAGAGGGAAGUAAAUAGAAGUGAAGGAAAUGAACAAGCUGUGGCUUUCCCAGGUGCCAGAGACUCCGCAUGUGCUUCCUCUGUCAUUGCGAUGGAUACAAUUUGCCACAGUGCCAAUGAUGAUUCUAUGGAAAGUGUAGAAAACCGUCCAGGGGAUUUUGAUGAUGUAAAUUAUCCCUCUGUGGCGACAGCUCAAAGUGCGGACUUCAACGAUCCUUCAGAGCUGAAUUUAAGCAAUCAAGCUCAGCAGAGUGCAUGCUUCCAACCAGCUCAUGUUCGGUCUAAUGCUGAACAAGGCAUUAGCAGCAUAAAUGACGGCGAUGAAGUACUGAACACAGAGACUGUCACAGCUCAGGAAAGAGAUGGGCCGAGUUUAGGUGUAAGUGGGGGUAGUGUCGGAAUGGGUGCAAGUCACGAGGCAGAGAUCCACGGAGCGGACGUUUCAGUCCAUAGAGGAGAUAGCGUUGUUGGAGAUAUGGAACCAGUUGCAGAAGUCAUAGAAGAUCUGGGAGAGUUCGCACCAGACCAAGGCGUUACUGAUGAUUUUGUUCCUGAAGAAAUGGAUCAAGAAGAUAGGCUCGGGGAUAGUCAAGAUAGGGUGUCUCAAUAUGUUGAAAGGGCGGACAGUGGCUCUAAAAUUGUUGAUUCAUCGAAGGCUGAAUCUGUUGAAAGCGGCGAAAAGAUGAGCAACAUGAAUGUGUUGAUGAACGACGACAUAAUUCUGAAUCAGACAGCUUUGAUUGGGUUUAUAUCAAUUUUCAAGGUGUGUGAUUCUCAUGUUUAAGCCAUUAAUUCAAACCACCCACGUGAUGGGUAAAGGCAAGCACAUGACAAAGACAAAAGCAUUAUCUUCCAUGAUCAAAGUUAAAAGAUAAUAGUAGAAACAUGUAAACAUGACAAAUUAGAGAUGUCUUAACUAAAAGAGCUACUGAUCAACUUCCGAAGGCAGCAACUUCGACGUUUUUGUUGGAGUCAGCGAUAGCUGGAGGAUCGAAGCGAGUAAAGAGCUUAUAAGAGGAGAUUAAAGAGAGAACGACA